AUGAAGCAGUUUGGCAAUAUUUACCUUAUCGCGGCCACGUCCGUCAUCGGUGGUGCGCUUUUUGGUUUCGAUAUCUCUUCUAUGAGUGCUAUUAUCUCUACUCAGCCCUAUAAGUGCCAAUUUAACCAGCAGGGCAAUAACGUUGCUACUGGCCAAUGCCAGGGACCCGACGAUGUCGUGCAGGGUGGGAUCACGGCUGCCAUGCCUGGUGGUUCCUGGCUCGGCGCUCUCAUCUCUGGCUUCCUUUCUGAUCAUCUAGGUCGAAAGACAUCCAUCCAAAUUGGCGCUAUCAUUUGGAUUGUUGGUUCUAUUAUUAUCACCGCCUCCCAGAACAUCCCCAUGCUUAUUGUCGGUCGUAUCAUCAACGGUCUCAGUGUGGGCGUCUGCUCUGCUCAAGUCCCCGUCUACAUUUCCGAGCUUUCUCCACCAUCGAUGAGAGGCCGACUUAUCGGAAUGCAACAAUGGGCCAUCACCUGGGGUAUUGCGAUCAUGUUCUUCCUGUGCUACGGCUCUAGCUUCAUCAACGGAGCUGCCGCCUUCCGCUUACCAUGGGGUCUCCAGAUGAUUCCCGCCAUAUUACUCUUCUUCGGUCUCAUGGUCCUUCCCGAGUCACCGCGUUGGUUAGCGAAACAUGAUCGAUGGGAGGAGGCUAAAGAUGUGCUCGUCCUGGUUCAUGGCAAAGGUGACAUUCGCUCCCAACUAGUCGAGAGGGAGAUGGCAGAAAUCAAGGAAGUUGUUGACUUCGAGCGUGCCAAUGCGGAUGUGUCGUACUUCGAGCUGUUAAAACCCAACAUGAUCAACCGAACACAUAUCGGUAUCUUUACGCAAAUCUGGUCCCAGCUUACGGGUAUGAACGUUAUGAUGUACUACAUUGCUUACAUCUUUACGAUGACUGGAUCGGGCGACGACGUGUUGCUACCCAGUGGCAUUCAGUUCAUCAUCAACGUGGUUAUGACCGUUCCGGCUCUUAUUUUCCUUGACAGAUGGGGUCGCCGCCCAACCAUGCUUAUCGGCGCAUUCUUCAUGUGCCUUUGGCUCUGCAUCAAUGCUGGUUUGUUCGCAGUGUACUCACGACCGGCUCUGCCACAUGAGUUCGAUACAGCUGCCAUCUCUAUGGUUAUUCGGGGUAGACCUGCCCAGGCCGUCAUUGCCAGCACUUAUCUAUUCGUCGCGUCCUACGCCCCGACCUGGGGUCCCUGCUCAUGGACUUACCCAGCCGAACUCUACCCGCAGCGCGUCCGUGGAAAGGCCGUCGCCCUCGCCACAUCUGCCAACUGGGCUUUCAACUUCGCCCUCGCAUACUUUGUUCCCCCGGCGUUCGCCAGCAUCAGCUGGAAGACGUACAUCUUGUUCGCCGUCUUCUGCUUCACCAUGUUCUGGCAUACCUUCUUCCUAUUCCCCGAGACUGCCAACAAGACUUUGGAGGAAGUUGCCGCUACGUUCGAGCACACUGGCCCAGGCUCCAUCAAGCACAUCGGUAUCCCAGCCUGGAAGACCAGCAACGACCGCUCUAUCAUUAGGAUUGAACGUAACCUCGCUAGCUCCGAGGAGAAGAUUGGCAUCGAGCACAGCGCUGAACCCAAAGCUUAG